CCGGCGCCGAAGGUGACGUGACGGAGCCCGGAUGUCGGUCUUUCUUUUCGUGCCGGAUGUGCAUGUGUGUGUAUGUGUGCGUGUUUCUUUGCGUGUGCGGCUGCGUAAUUGUGAGCGUGUGUCUGUAUGUGUACGACCGCGUCGUGGCUCUGAAGAAAGCCCUCACACGUAAAGGCGCGCCCAAGGAAGAUCCUAGACAAGCGACGUCAAGGGCCCGACACCUUGCGCCACCACCACCACCACCAUCACCUCCGCCGCCUCCUUCGCUGCUUCCCCUGAGACGCCUGAGCAGCGCCGACCGGCGGGACAUCCUGGGCCAGCGCUGGCUGUCUGAUGACGUCAUGGACCUGGCGCAGGAGCUGCUGCAGCGACAGUUCCCGAACACUCGCGGCCUGUACGCCAGCGGCGCCGCCUUCACCCUGCCGCCCCUACAGCCUGGCAGCGGGGCGCUCUUCCUGCAGGUGGUGAACAGGUCUACGCCGCAGCGCCUCGCCUCCAUGGCGGAAUACGGCCGCACAGGGGGCAGCCACUGGCUGCUGCUGUCCUCGUACGGCGCGGCGCGCGGCGGCCAGCUGGCGAUCUACGACUCGCUGUACGACACACUCUCGCCCUCCACGUCCGCGCUGGUGCUGCAGCUGCAGGCGCUGCACGCCCCGCCGCCGGGCGCCGUACUGAAGCCCGUCCAACGACAGCGGGACCGCCACAGCUGCGGCCUCUUCGCCCUCGCCUUCGCCUUCAGCAUCGCUCACGGCCAGGACCCCUGCCGUGUGCGCUACGUGCGUGCGCGCAUGGAGCGCCAUCUGCUGGCCUGCCUCGACCGCGGCGUGGCGACGCCCUUCCCCAGCGUGCCCGAGGGGACAUUCGGCUAAGAUGGUUUCAUUUAAGAAUACGGACAGGAAGACGUUAACAGGAUAUGAAGGAUCAAAAAUGACGGAAUUACAGCCAGUUGAGGCAAAAGGAGAGGGGAAAAAAC